CGACUCUCUAUGAAUAAAAGAUUACUGAUUUAAUGUAGAAACAGCUGAUUCGAAUCUGUGUGUCAAAAGAUUCCAAAAAGCUAUGUGUAUUAUUUAUUUUUCAUAUAUCUGAAUUUGAAUGACUUAAAAAUUGUAAAAUAAUCAAUAUUGAACAAAAAUAUGUCUUACCGAUACGGAAAUUUCCAACGAAAUGAAGUCUCCUGGCGAGUUGUAUUGUAUUGCAUACAUUUUAAACUUUGUUCUUGUAUUAGAUCAUGCCACCUGUAAAUUGUUGUUAUAAAAUUUCUGUUAGCAAUUAACAAUGGCAGAUACUGAGAAAAUAUUUGUUUGUUCUUCAUUUGGAUGCAAUAUGAGUUUUGCAGAUGAGGAUCAGUUAUUGGUUCACAAGAAAAAACAUGAUAUGAUAUUAAAUCUUGGAAACAGUUCCAAGAAUAGUGGUUUUGUUGCAGACCAAACACCUACGCCAACACGUUUCAUCAGAAAUUGUGAAGAAGUUGGAUUAUUUCAAGAUUUACAAAAUGUAAAUCCUUUUGAAGAAACUUUUAGAAGAGCAGUGGAAUCAGGAAAUACUGGUACUCUUACGGUACCAGAGGCUGGACUUACAGAUGAUACUCUACACACACCUCAUAUAUUUCCCCAUAUUGCAGAUGUAUUGUCUAGUAACAAUCAAAUAUUAUCUGAAAACUCUGUGCCAGAAUGUAGCAGCAUUUCAAUUGAAAAAAAUACAGAAGGAAAAACUACCAUUGAUAAUGAAGUUUGUACUUCUGUGAAACUUAGUGAAACGGAAGAGCAAAAUUUGUUAAAAGAAAAAUUUGAAUCAAGUGUUGAACGAAAUGUAACAUUAACAGAGAAUAUUAUCGAUCAGGUUACACAUACACCAAUAAUACCGAAAGUUUUACAAGAACAAUCCAAUUCGCAAUUGUCGUUUAAUGGUGAGGAAGUUCAACUGUUGCUAAAAACAGCCGAUGGAAAAUUAAUGCAAUUAUCGGCGAUUCCACUUUGUGAUUCUGUUGACACGACAAAUGUACAAUCUUUGAAACAACAAACAGUUGUUAUAAAAACAGAACCUCUUCUGCAAUGUAAUACUAGAUUACAGUCCAAAAAACCUGCUAUUUCUACAUUGUCUCUAGCAAAAAUGAAAUUAAAACAAACUUUAACAAAAACUAUCGGUUCGCAAAAUCAAAAACCCAAUGGUAAUCUUCGGAAAGAUGAAUUAAAUAAUGCGAAAAGAGAAAAUAGAAGUAAAACGAUAGAGGAUCAAUUGAAAAAAAAAGAAAUUCUUGAACGUAAUCGUGCUAGCUCCAUGAGAGCAAGAGCGAAAAGGAAAGCGUGGAUACAACAACUUGAAAGAACGGUCACUAAUGUAAACGAGACGAACGUAGCACUCCAGAUGGAAAUAAAGGUUUUACGAACGGAAGUUGCUAAAUUAAAAACACUUCUAUUGGCUCAUAAAGAUUGUCCAGUUACAAAAGCAAUGCAAAAAGGAAAUGGUAUAAUACUCGGCCCAAAAAUAAUAUCUGUAAAUUCAGACACUAUAACCAGUCCAAUUCCAGUGACAUCAACAAUGAAAAGAUCUACUUUUUCUUCCACGGAAGUGCCUAUUAUGCCAAAGAAAAAAUUAUCUUUGGCACCAUCAAAAAAUCCUAUAAUUUUUCCAAAAGUAGAUUGCAAUACAAAUCUAUCGAUUCCUAAUGCCACGUUAAUUAAAACUGUACCUACUCUGAAGAUUAUGAGUGUCAGUCAACUCUUAACAGAAAAGGAAGAAACAAAGCCAAUUUUUAUCAUGCAAAAUCCAAUAAAAAAAAUAGAAAAUUCCACUAGACAAAUAAUUCAAAUAAAUCCUAAUUACGAGAUUGAUCAAAGCGCAUCAAAGAAUAACGAAACAUGAAUGUGAUAAAAGACAAACAUUGUGCGAUAAUCGUUAAAUGAUUACAAUUUCAUUGAUAUUUUGAUAAAAAAAUGACAUAGAAUUAGAAAUAUAAGUCGAUAUGUGUAUAAUGUAGAUAUUAAAAUGUUGCGCGUUGAAAUUAAAUUAAGUAAAUUUUGCAAUGUUGAAUGAUAUUGAAUUUCUGAAUUGUUUCUGUAAGUUAAAAUCUUGCUUGAAUUAGAAAUGACAAUCAGUGCGAGAAAGAUCAGAAGGAGAAGGGAAAAAUGUGCAGAGAAUUUUGACUAUACUUUAAUAGUUGAAAAAUAGUAUAUGGAGAAUUUUCUAUUUUCAUAUGUGAAUGAUACUCCAUAUCCAUGUAUAUAAAUCUAUGAAAGGAAUCUUGUAUUUUUUAUUUAUUAUAAUAAAUCCAAUAUUUUCUUGCAAUGCGUUUACAUUCUUUAUUUUAUCUAGUCUUGUCAGUUUUAUAAAAGUAACAAUAUGUAUAUAUAUUCUUCUUUCCUUUUUAUCAUAUAUGUUAUAAAUAUAUUACAAAUUUAUUAAAUCAAUAUAAAAUUAUACAAUCAUAUAAAUUAUAAAAUUAUAAAGCCUUCUCAUACAUACAAUAUAAUACAACACAAAUCGUACAAUUUUUCCUCCAUAUCGGAUGUUAGAAGUCUCACGAUGAUUCUGUGACCCUCGGGCCCUUAUCAGUUCUCCGUCCAGUCGUCUAACAAUUCUACACCGGACAGGAGAAUGAUAAGGGGCUUUGGGCACGAAACGCCUCGAAACUCGAGGCUACCUAAAAACUUCUUUUACUCGAUAAUAUCCAUCAUGUCCCAUCUAUACAUUCCUGUAAAUUUUGAAAAAGGAUACUACUUUGCUCAUCUUCCGAAGAGUAUUGAUUUCCUUCUUCUUACAUCGAUCGUACGUUUCCCUUUUCCUUCGUUAUCAUCUUCUUUUUCCCUUCGAAUAAAUAAGUAGCAUUGAUAGAAAGAAUUGAUCAUAUUUUUCCAUCCUGAAUGGUAUCCAUUUUAUCGCGUAAUUUUAUCUAAUCGCUGGAAAAAUUUAUGUUUAUCCUCCGAUUACAUAAAAUGUGCCGAGUUAGCUCGCGACCGAUCUCACAUUUUGUGAGCGAGUUUACGCGUCUCUCUUAUGGUAGGAUAUUACAAUGGUCAAAGAAAGAUAGCGAAACCAUGCUGAAAAAGGCCUGUUACUUUUUCGACAAAUAAGAUUUCCGUCCCUUGAGUCACCACCAGUGACUCACACGCCCAGAACACAACGAGCCAAGUGAGAUGUAACUGAAUUAUCGGUUACUAGGUAAAUACCAACGGUUUUCCUACAUCGAUAAGUCGGUUCGACAGAAGAGAGGAAAACAUUCUUUUCUUAUUUCAACUUAUCAUUCACGAAAAAAAAGAAUUCCCCUGAAGAAUUUCAUCUGGAUAUGGUAUAGAAACAAAUCGAGGAAGAUACUAAGAGAUAUAAUUAUAAAUCGAUUUUAUGUAUGAUCGAUAUUGUUGUAUUAAAAGAAAUGAAGAAAGAGACUCGAAUUGAAUCAUUGCUAUAUUUAUAAAUUUUUCUAGAAAACGAUAUGAAUUAUAUAUUAUAAAAUACAAGCAACAUAAAUAAUUCGAUCGUAAAAUGAAGUGGCACUGAUGUUUGUUUGGUGCAAUGAUUCAAACGAGUAUCAAGCGUUACUUGUGAUUCCAACGAGGCAUAUCAUUCUUAGAACCCUUAAUGCUUCCAUGUUUCCCGCUUCCAAGUUGUGGACGGAAAUAGAUCAUGUCGCCCCUCGCGAACACCCGACUUUUACGGCCCUGAAUCAAACUCGUAUGGUUAUUAUACAACAAACGCAAUCUUCUAACCUUGGUCCAGACAGAGCAAGUUUCUUUUCGAUGUCCGCAGGAAAUCAUGGAUUGUGAUCGUACAUUCUGCGAACGACGCUUUUAAUUCUCGAUAGACAUUAGGAACGUGGUCUUGAUCAAUUUUAAAACCUCGACGAAUUAUCUUUUAAAACAUUCCACUUUUUAAUACAAAUAAUAAGCCUGAUUUCUUUCUUUCUGUGUGAGAAAAACUAAACUAAUACCUAACGUUUUCGAGAGUAUAAAAUAUUUUACAAAACGUUCAUCUUGCACGAACAUGUGAAAUUAUAUCCAAAUACGACGAUGAAGAGUUAAAAAAUUAAAAAAUAAACCUUCUUCUUCUAAAUAUAAAGAAUAAUGUUACUUGGACAUUUCCAGGAAAUACCGAUGGUAAAGAGAUUGUCCUUUAUGGGGUUUCCAACGAUUAACGGCCCGUGACUUAAUUAAUAUCGAUCUUAUUGACAUCAAUUUGUCGUAGUAGCAGUAAAUUCAGAAAUCAGUAGUCAGACGCGAACGUGACCCACUUAUCUACUUCGCUAGAUUUUCUUUCAAUUUUCUCCUUGAUUUUAACGACGUUAUCUAAAUAUCGUAUAAAUAUUUAAAUAUUAUCACAUUUUGUUUUAUAUUAAUUAUGUUGAAAAAGAUACUUUACGCAUGUCUUUUUUUAAAACUGAUUUCAAAAGAUUAACAUUAUCGAAAAUAAAUAUUUCUAGCUGUAUAAAAUUAUCUCUCAAAGUUCAACAGUUCAAUAGUAAUCCACGUAUAUGCAUGCGUUAUUUUUCUUAGAAAAGUAAAAAAUAAUUAUAUAUUUUCUCCUAAACUUCUUAACAAAUCCUGCUUUAAAGAGGUUAAUCUGAAAUACAGUUCUGGUAGUCAAAUACUACUUUCCUAGAUAAGCACGCGUUAUCUAUUAAUCCACGCAAUAUACGUAUAUAUAGCUUCUAAAAUUGCCUUGAUAUUUUAAUCUCGUACAAUCGCUUAUACAUAUAAAAAAUAAUAUAUAACAAUUCUGCACAUUAAAUCAUUAAAUAAUUUUCCAUCGAUAUUGUGAAAUCGAAUUGAUAAUGUAGCGUCGAUGAAGAUAAAAAUGUGUAUUCUAAACAAAAUAACAACGAUUCACAGAAUGUCACAGAAUUCUUUCGUAAAGUUCCAGAAACACGUGUCAGGCCACGUGUUUUCUAAUUCGUAAAUUUAACAAGAGGAAUUUAUUUAUAAGCUCGAAGAGAAAUUAUUUUUGAAGAUCAUACAUGAUCAAAUGCACGGCAUGAAUAUUACGAUUAUUUAUAUUCUUACUUUUUUUUUCGAAACGAACCUCAUAAAAAUUCACGUACCGCCGACAUUUCCUUUGUUCCAUGCCGCGGAACAAUUCUUCUAUUUCCGAAAACAAAGUAUCACGAAAAUUACAUUAGAAACGAAGAAAAAAAAUUUUAAAAUCGUCGUUAAUUUUUCAACGAGAUAAUUAAUCAUUUUGAUACAUUCGUGACGUAAAUAAGAAGAAUAUGUAAAGGACAAUGAAACGAUGGACCGAGAAAGAACAUUAUCCUUAACAAAGAAAAAAAUAAAUGCUACGAAAUAUACUUUUCGAAAGAAUUUAGUAACACAUAUACGUGUCAGAUAAUGAAACCACGUACUAACGAGAUAAUGAUAAUGGAUGUGCGCGAUUAUACGAGGAUAUCGGCGAAAUGAAAUAAACAGCGUGCAGGGAGACGACCGCGUGAUUUUACGCCCCUGAGUCUGAGACAAUAUGUGGUCCGAUAGCCUUGAGACAUAAGUCUGCUUCCUUUUAUUUUUACAUCUGACCCGAGACAACGACAUUCUUUCGCGGCAAAAUCGGUUCUCUUUUCCCUCACGAUCAUGCUCCUCGAAGCCCGCCACCGCGAUACGCGAAUGUCCGAUAAACGCUCUACGAAAAAACGACUACCUCGUUCACUGGCUCACGCGCUACUGACACUACUACAUCACACGAUAGAUCUCAUUUUCUCGCGGUUCAUCACGAACAAACAGAUCGCCACGCGACUACACACUCGGAUGAUACCGAAUAAAUUUCUAACCUCCUAUCCCAUGCAGACUGGUCUUUGACCGGUCACAUGGCGCGAACCGGAGAGCGACCGAUCGAUCUGCGUCCAAAAUACCCCGUACUCUGCUGCUCUCCCUCUAACUUCCCUUCCUCUCACUCUGUCUGUCGCUCGGCUGCUGGCUCGUGUCUUCCUCGCGUUUCUCCUUGUCGUCGAAAAUCUCUCUACGCGUAUUUUCUCCACGUUAUCCACCGAAAAUCUGGUUAAACGAAAAUGCACACGCUCCUCGGCAAAUAACACGAUGCGCGUAGUAUGUAUCUAGUUCGAGAAUAAGCCGCACCGCGAGGAAACACAGGCGGCGAGUAUCUUUUUUUCUCCUAUUCUGGCUGUAACGCGUGCAAGAGAGAGAGAACUCGAACGCAGCACAGAGAGAGCCAAUCGUCGAGGACCCACGUAGUCGGAUGCUGAUGUAACGGAACCGGGGAUUGGUCGCCGCGUACUCUCGUCGCAAUGCUCGUGAAUCAUCGAAAGAUAUCGAUACCAACGAUGAGCACGCGUCACGAAAUGUGUCUCGCGCACUACUGAGCCAUUCUACGAUCGGAUUCGGACUUUUCGGGCCGGUCACUCUUCGCCAAACGCGAGAGGGGAAAGAAGCGAAGGCGGUUGCCUCGCUUUAGCUCCCGUUCCUCGUCUCUGUCGGGCACACGCGUGGCGCCAUCUUUGAAUUUCCCUCUCUUUCUCGCCUCUCCCCUUCUCUGUUGCGCUGCACAACCUCUCUUCUCCUCGCGCCCCGAUCACGCUCAUCUCUUUUGCGCGCGCUUCCACAGAUGCUUCGGAAGGCACCCUGUACUCGAGCCAUCUCUCGGAUUUUGAUUUUUGAUUUUCCCAUGGAAUCUUCUGAAUUUUCAUUGGAGGAAAGGAGACGCUCGACGAGGCAAGAAUUUCAGAGAGAAGUGGAUUCUGCGGCGAAUGGCACGUGCUUUGCGCGUCGUGUGGAGGAAAGAGGAAUCCCAUUGAUUCUUCCUCGGCGUGAGAAUCUAAAAGAUUUACAUCUAUGAAAUAAAUUUCACGCGACGCGUUGUAUAUGUUACGAUUUUAGUUAAAGAUUUUUUUUUUAAAUAAAAAAGAUUUUUGGAAGAAAGAAGAAGGAUGAGGACUCGCGCCAAAGAGGCAAAAGAAAAAUAAAAAAGAAUAAGCUCUUCGUUCGAAUUUACCGGCUAUCGUUUCGCGUGGGUACUGUGACUAUCCCAUUCGCGGUUUUAAUUACGUAUUUAGACCGAACUUUUCCCUCUUUCCGAUGAUGUCCUUUCGAGCUAAUUAAAAACCGCCUCGAGUGUCUCUCUUAAUUCUGAUGGAAGCUCGCCAGAAGUUUGCUUUUCAUCUUGGAGAUCGCGUUCCUGGCAAUAAAGGGGUUGCUACGACUACUUAAGCGCACAAUUGAUGGUAAAAAUCGCAGCCAAAUAUCCGAAUACGGAUGCAAAUACAGCCGCCAGGCGCAAGAGGCGGAAAGAGGUGGAGAGAUAACGGGAACAGAGAUAGGGAUUUGACUUUUUUUUCUCUCUUUCUUUCUUUCUUUCUUUUUUUUUUUUUUUUUUUAAAUGACCCAGUGAAACGGAUUCAAGGAUCUUGGACAAAUUAGCGGAUAAAUUAGAAAUCGUUGAUGGUGGAGGGGGAUAAAAAAAAAAAAAAAGAAGAAAAAAAGGAGGCAAACCGAGUCCAAGUACAAGACCAAGUAAGUACAAUGAAAAGCUAACCGAGAGGGUGGAAAGCAGAUACUAACACUGGCCCGUGGAACGAAGUGACUCGAUAUCGGGGAGUGUCUCGGCGUUAGCCCCGAAUUAAUUCGUUGGGGCGGCUGGGGGAUUCUCCAUUACCAGCGUGGAACGAGCAGCAGUAAAGUGUUCCGCCUUAAAAAGAAUACCUUCACCUCCGUCUCGUCUCGUCUCGUCUCGUCUCGUCCCGAGGAAUUGCUCCUUCCUACCACCAUCCUCCUUUCUCUCCUCGAGCUCUCCCUUCCCCACCCCUCCAUCUUCAUCCCUUGCUCCUCUUCCUCGUUCCACCGGCAGCAAAACGAAUUGUCUGAAAAAAUUUGAAAGAAUACCCUGCGCGUCUAAACGGGCAUUAAACGGUAGAACAGUCCGUUUCCACGAUAUUCACGCGCCACUCGACGACGACAAUUUGCGAGCUGUCGAAGGCUGGAGUGGGCGGGAGUACAGCCAAAAAUAUCCCGCGACGUUCAACUCGAUCCCUCCUACAAUUAAUCGUUUCACGAUUUACCAGCAGAGAGAGAGAGAGAGAAAGAGAGAGAUUUAAAUUACUUUUGUCGUGGGUCGUUCUUUGGCCAAGCUUCCGACCUCGCUGUGCAUUACAUUCGACUCACGCGAUAAAGCGCAGAAGCCCCAAUGAAACUGGACCAAGUGAAAAGGAAAUAAGAUUCAAUUAAACGAGACAGUUAAUUGGACAAUCUUCUUCCCCUAUUUACGGGGGAAACCUUGCGGGCUCGAGGUUGGCUCGUUCGACAUUUGCAACGGUUAAUACACUGGUAAUUACAACUGUCGCAAUUACCACGUAGUCUCCCCAUCGGUUGCCUCCUAUUUGGAAAAUCCACGGAUUCGUCGCCAGGCUUCCUUGAAUGAUCGAUAGUCCCCCGAUAAUGUCCCGAGUUAAUGCCAUAACGGGAGGUUCACUAGGAAGUUUCUGCCUUCUGAAAAAAUAGCUGAUUAUUUCUUGAAAUAUUUUUCUCCCCGAUAUCGAUCAUCGGCUGGCCAUUUCGUUCCUUUUAUGGCGGCGUAGCAUUCAGACCAAGGACCCGUAUUCGAGAAGGAAAUAACGUUGUCCAUGGGCACACGUGUCGCGCAAAGGCCGAUCUCCAAGUGCCUAGACUACUACCUCCUCGUCUACCUCGUUGCGGCCACUGCGAACCAUAGCUGGCCUGACGUUCCAUAAGUGUCGGACUAAUUAUAUUCCAUGGCCGGUGACCUUCGCUCGUGCCAGCUGUUUUCUAGAUCUGUAAACGCACGAGAAAAACGACACUGGUUAAUACCUUGUGUGUCGGAUUUUGUUCGCGUGAAAAUUUAUUGAGGUUUCCUUUUUCUUUUUCUUUCUUUCUUUUUCUUUUUUUUUGAAAUUUGAACGACAAAGAAGAAGGAAAAAGAAUCGAAGAAAGACGAGACAAUCGAUCGAGAGGAGCAGAAGAAUAUUCAACAAUAAAUUAUAAGCACUCUUUUUUGAACGUUUUAAAAGAAUUGAAUACAGUACAGCGAAUCGAAAGAAUACGAAUACGAUUCAGAUCAGACACGAGUCUGUUGUCGUUGCGUUUCGAGGUUGCCUUUCCGAGAUAAUACUUGGAAACGAUUUGAAACCGCGCGAUGACUGAUGCGAUUGAAAAUUUGCAAGAGUGAAUAUGCGGUGAAUAUUCCCGUCGCAGGGGACAGAGAAGAAUAGUGGCGAAAGAGGGGAGAGGAGGGACAGGAGGAGGCCGCAUUGAAACAUUGUGGACGAGAUAAGGCCGGAAUUUUCAGUGCGGAUAAUGUAAAAACUCGGGCUACUCGGUGUUCUCGUUGUAAUAAUCACGAAUGGGGAAGAGAAAGCUUUUAAUCUUCCGCGUAUAGGUUUCGAAAGACGGGAAAGGAAAAAAGUGAAAAAGAGAAAGAGAUCUAUGACCGGGCGAGAUUGGUGUGAAGGGAGCAACGAGGGAUUGGAAAACGAAAAAAAGAAGGGAGGAAAGAAAGAAAGAAAGAAAGAAAGAAAGAAAGGGGAAAAAAAGAACGGAGAACAAACAAUCGUUAACCGUAUUUACAUAAUGUUUCAACGGAUCGUGAAUAUCACGCGGCAGUAUGACCGUGUUGCACCCUGCUCAUUUUAAUUAACCUAUUCUGCUUUUCAGCCACCAGCUGGAAAUGUAAUUAUUUAACUUUCGGCGCAUCUUCCAUUCGCUUUCCCCCGCUGAAUAAUUAAACCAACUUUUUUUCUCGACGCGCGUUUAGCGUACACGCCGCACUCUGUUUGCACCCUAGAUUUCCACUCUUUUCCCCCCUCGUUUUACCCGACGAAAUUCGCCAAAACCAAUAGGAAACCGAGCCGUGAAACGUGCGCCAAUUAUCCGAUAAUUAUUCCACGUUGAUCCGCGAUAAAUAGGCUUUGAUCUAUGCAUCUCGUCGAGAUGAAAUACAAAUCAAGAUGCAACUCGAGAAUCUCCGAAUCGAGAAUCGAGUUUCCAACUUUCCGAGGAAGGAAUUCUUCUCGAGCAGAAGACAACCGAUAAGAAAUUGGAGGAAGCGUCGUUAAAUCGAAAAAAAAAAAAAAGUUAAAAUAUUUCCAAAAAGGGAAAAAGGAUCGAGGAAGGAUUUAUCCUCAGGGUGUGUUUCGAGAGUUGGAGAAAACAGGAAGGUCAAGGUUAAACUUGAACACCAUAUGCACAUAUUAUGGGUACAAUUUCACCCUGCCGCGUGUUUCUUUUCUCACUUUGUCCGCUUUGUCCCCUCUCCUAUUCUGUUCUCUCCUCUUUUCCCAUUCUUACUCGUUUCCGCCUGUCAUCCUCUCCCCCUUUUUUCUUCUUUUUACUUGUUUUAUUUUUUUUUUUCCUCUCAUUCGUUUCUACAACAUCUCUUUUCGGAACGAGAACGAGAGAAGGAUGGAAUCUAUCGAAGCAGAUAUAGGUGGUUCGUAUAUAUCCCUUGUUGAACCGGACCAGCUUCUUUUAUUCGUCGUUUUCUAUUUACGGUGUACGCUAUGGUCAAUCUCCGGGGACG